AAAAGGUUUACUUUAAUUCUGCAAUUAAUAUGGUUAAAAAUGGAUUAGAAAUUUAGAAUGAAACUAAACUAAACCUAACUUUGAACUAGCUUAUUUUUUGCUGAAUUUUGCUCAGAACUCUGAUUUUGAGGUCAGGUAUUAUCGCAGACGUGUUAUUCCUAGUUUGUUAGGUUCAAUUCUCGAGUUCGAAAAUAGUAACUAGUUGAGUAGUUGUGAAAAACGAAUAAACGAUAUACGAAAAUAAGUUGUUUUUAAUAUCUUGAAGAGCUCCCCCCCUGGUUUGUCAUUUCAGGCGAUGGAAUUUUAGAAAUGAACAAGACUGGUUUCCAAAAAAACAACAUGGCUACUUGUAAGGAGUGAAGUUUAAAAGUUUGUUCGUUUAUAUGUUUUUUCACGGCAUUUUUAUCAUGUGAUUAAAGAAUGAAUUUUAUGUAGGGCCAUUUCUUUCCAUAAUUGUUAAGAAAUGCGCAACUUAUUCCGCAUUCAUCAGAAGCUAUUUACAAAUAUAAGGCAAUACUCUUCAAAUAAAGUUGGUAAAAGAUGGCUUCUUUUUGCAAACAGAACAUUAUCCACGAAACACAAUUCACAUGUGAGUACUCAACAUAUUACUCUCUUGCAGCUGCUCUUUGCGAAAUGACCCAGAAUGCAGUAAUGAGGGUAAUUAUGUACAUGGACAAACUAUUAAAUUCCCACAACAGUCUAAUUUAAUGCUGUCUUCUGAACGUUUUUUAGCGCAAAAAGUCAGAAAUAUUAAUCGAUUCCUCAGUUACUGUUGCAGAGUUGGCAAAGCAUGCUGGUGUGCCUAAUGGUAAGUAUUUAUUUAGUAAACAUUGUCAGCAGUUGCAUGUCGCUGUUUCACUAUUAAAACCAAGACAUAACUUUAUUUAUGUUGCAUGGCUCUAUCAGCUUUAAACUGUUCUCCUCGGAGAUGCCCAGCAUGGACCAUUCCUCAGUGGUUCAUUGUCACUACAGACCAAACCUGUGGUCAGGACAGGAAAAAAGAAUUUUCUUCCUGGGAGCAUAACUUGGAGACAAAAAUUUCAUGCAGAGUAGUUUUGUGCUAAAUCUGCAUUUGCAUAAAUAUAUAAUGUUCUAGCUGACCAUGGUUUUAAAAACAGCUUAUACAAGGAAUAAUGUCUGUCAACCAUAUGUUGUUGUGCCCAUAGUGGGACAUGGGUGUUAAGGUUUCCUUCAAAUUUUCAAUAGCAAAUCUUCAUUCAAACAAAUUUCCUGCAGCUGUUUAACAUUUCCUGUGAGCGGUGCUCGCCUUUGUUUUUCACCCUUGCCCGUGGUGUUUGGUAGAGUCAAACUGGAACAAACCUUGUUGAAUGAGAUUGAUGUGAUAUAAUCAGACAACUGCAUUUGCAGGAUUUUGUAGGUGGAAAUUUUGAGUGGAAAUUUUCUACAUUUAUUAGACCUAAUUAGGAGCAGUUGUGAAAAAUGCAACCAUAGGUCCUCUGGCAGGAAACGAACUAGACUUGUUUGGUUGUUCCAACUCUCUCCUUUGUGUUUUCUUGUAAUGGAAUUGGGCUUUGAGAAAGUCUAAAAUUGAACUUGUGGUCCUGCCUUUUUGACGUACUAGCAAUUUUUAGCUUACAAACUGAGCUACAGAGUCCUGUCCUUGAACUACAAGAUACAUGCAUGCACUAGCUAACCCCUGUGCUAACCAACACCCCAAAAUAUUUGUAGCUAUGUGAGUUGUUCAAAUGAUUUUUUAAUCUCUUCUGAAAUUUUCAGAUGAGAUAAUAAGACUUGCAAGAGAUGUGGGUGAGAAGGUCCACAGGGGACCAAAGACAGGUAUGUGGCACUUGUAAACAGCUUGUGAUAAAUUUGACUUAUUUAGGGGAUUUAAGUGAAGGUAAUACUGUUUAUUUGUACCAUAUUUCAGUUAUCAAGCCUGAAAUUGUGGAGCUUCUUCUUUUGGAAUAUGGAUUCACUGCAAAAUUCCUCGAGCAGACUUUUGAUAUAUCACCAAAGUAAUCUUACCUUUAACGCAAGCGGAUUGUUUAACCCAUUGAGCACCAGCGCUUUCCCCUUGAUGAGUAAAAUCAUCUGGCAUCAGACAGAGUAAAUUAUUUUACAUAGGGUGCAAUGCAACCUCAUGGGUUAACUAGACACAUGGGCAGAUAGUCAGAUUAACCAUUUAGCUCCAGUGCUCUUCCCUUGAUUAGUAACAUUGUCUGACGUUAGAGUGUCAAAAUUGUAAUAAAGUAGGGUGCAAUGCAUCUUAAUGGGUCAAUGUACUUUGCCUGAUAUUUUAAAGUAAAAGAAAUGAUUUGUUUAUUUUUAAGGCCACCAUGUAAAGAUCUGGGUAUUCUAAAAUCUCGUGCUCCUGUGGUCACCAUAAUGGGCCAUGUUGACCAUGGUAAAACAACUUUAUUGGACACCUUACGAAAGACAUCUGUUGCAGCUGCUGAAGCUGGGGGGAUAACCCAACAUAUUGGAGCAUUUUCUGGUUAGUGUUUUACAUGUUUGUGUACUAGAUGGAAUGAUAAGGAAAGGAGGGGGAUGGAAGGAGGAGAGGGAACUGGAGAAGGAUGAAAGAAAGUGAGGAAGGAAAGUAGAAUGAAGUAGUAAAUCAAAUCAAAUAAUAAAAUAAUUAUGGCACAGGAGGUAAGGAGAUCAAAGACUAAAGCGAGGGAGGAAGGAAGUGGGGAAGGGAGGAAAGGAAGAAAAAGAAGAAAGAAAGGUAGAAAAAAGAGAUAGAAAGAAAGAGGGAAAGGAAAGCAAAGCAAAGGAAAAAGAGAUAGAAAGAAAGAAAGAGGGAAAGGAAAGCAAAGCAAAGGAAAAAGAGAUAGAAUGAAAGAGGGAAAGGAAAGCAAAGCAAAGGAAAAAGAGAUAGAAUGAAAGAGGGAAAGGAAAGCAAAGCAAAGGAAAAAGAGAUAGAAAGAAAGAGGGAAAGGAAAGGAAAGCAAAGCAAAGGAAAAAGAGAUAGAAUGAAAGAUACAAAGAGAAAAAGAAAGGUAGAAAGAAAGAAAGAGAGCAUGGAAUACAAAAGAAAGAAAGAGAGAGAUAGAAAGAUUAGAAAGAAAGAAAAGAAAGAAAGGUAGAAAGAAGGACAGCAAAAAAGAAAAAAAGAAAUAAAUAGAUGAAGAUUAGAAAGAGAGAAAGGUAGAAGAAGAGGUAGAAUGAAAGGUAGAAAGAAAGAAAGAGAGAAAAAGAAAAAAGGGGAGGAAGAAAGAGAGAGAGAAAGAAAGGAUCAAUAUAAAGAAGAGAAAAUAAAGAAUGAUUGAAUGUAAAGAAGAAAGCAUGAAAAGAAAGACGAAAGAACGAGUGGGAGGAUAUGAAGAAAGGAAAGGAGAUAAGAAAGAAAAGAGAAAAAUAAUUUUGAGCAAAUGAAAGGAGGAAUGAACAAUUUAACAGUGAAACCAAGAAUAAACAAAUAGAAGUAAAAAAUUAAGGAAAAGGAAUGCAAUAUAUUGGGGCUGAAAGGAUCUAUAGUUGCAUUGGGCACAUUGGAGCUUAUUGGUUUAAUUUUCUUUUGUAUUUCACAUGCCCUUUUAGUGAAAGUACCAAAUGGAACCAGCAUCACAUUCAUUGAUACACCUGGACAUGCUGCAUUUGAGACAAUGCGUGCACGUGGUGCGCAUGUGACAGAUGUGAUAAUAUUGGUUGUAGCUGCAGAUGAUGGUGUGAUGCCUCAGACCAUUGAGUGUCUGAAUCAUGCUAACAAUGCCAACGGUAAGUCUAGUAUUGAACGCCAAUUUUUUCGAGGCCCGAUCUAUAACAAUGCAUUAGUUUCUAUUUUUUUUCUUUCAUUCCUGUUUAAAUAUCCUCUGCAGUUCCUGUGAUUGUUGCAAUUAACAAAAUUGACAGGCCAAAAGUAAACCUGGUAAGUAUUGAAUAUAUUUUGUUAUGAAGAUUUAAGACUGGAGAUGUCUGGAUAAUCAUGGACAACGUUUUCUAUUCUCUAAGCGUAAAGUAAAAGAUCAACUGCUCAGUCAUGGUCUUCAGUUGGAAGAAUUUGGAGGAGAUGUUCAAGCUGUUGAGAUAUCUGCUUUGACUGUAAGUGUUUUUUUUUUCCCACGGUGCAUUAUGGUACUGUGGGCAAAAUAGGGGUCGAGUCAGUUCGUCAUUACGUCAGCCACAAAGUAAAUGUUCCGUAAAUAACACAACGAACGUGGUGCAAAUCCCACAGUAUAAAACGCAAAGAAGUAAAGCUACGAAGUCUAGGGUUGUUUGUAUCAAUUUUGCCUUGGCAUGACUAGGGGUCCAAAUUUACAUUAAUUUGCUUCUAUUAAUAUACAACCGGAAUAGCAGAUUUUGAAAUUUACUAUUCCGUUUGAAGAUCAAAUAUUCUUUUACUGUAGGUCUCUGCGAGCCUGUUCACAGCUAGUGUCUCUGACGAUUUGUGACGUAAUUAAGCCACAACGUAAACCGCAAGACGUCUGAGGAUCAGCAAACAAACAUAGCAAACACUUUAUUUAUACGAAAAGAAUCUCUCAAAUGCACAUGCAAAAUCACAACUAGAAAAUCAACAAUUGUAACAAUAAAAAUAUCCUCAUACCAGUGACAGUAUAAAUUGAAAACCACAAUUCAGUUUUUCUACUAUACAAACGGUAUACUGACAUCAUGAACUUUGCUAUUCCGUCAGGCAUUAUACAAAAUAUGGAAUAAUGGAAUAGGAUAAAUUUCGACCCGUGCAUGACUAGCUUUUGAACAACGUUCCUUGUCAAGGAAAAAUUGUCGGGUUUUUUAUUUACUCACUGUACACACGAGCAAGUAAAACUUUUCAAUGAAUAUAGUUGUUGCUCGUCUUUACGGGGUUUUGUUGCCGUGCUAUCAAGACAGCAAUACGUUGUUGAAUUCCUGUGUUAUUCUGAUCUGCAGGGUUUGAACCUUGAGCAUCUCACAGAAGCAAUAACAACACACGCGGAGAUUGCUGACUUGCGAGCUGACUUUACGGGCCUGGCUGAAGGUGUUAUAUUGGAGUCAAAAAUAGAGAAAGGAAGAGGGUAAGUGUACUUUGGCGAACCUAGUAAAAGUCAAGAUUGAAG